GCCUCCUCCUUGCCUCUUGCUGUGCUGGCUGCGCGCUCCCCUGCUCCCUCCGUAGCCAUGCCUCGCAAAAUCGAGGAGAUCAAGGACUUCCUGCUCACUACCCGGCGAAAGGACGCCAAAUCCGUCAAGAUCAAGAAAAAUAAGGACAAUGUGAAGUUCAAAGUUCGGUGCAGCAGAUACCUUUACACCCUGGUCAUCACGGACAAGGAGAAGGCAGAGAAACUGAAGCAGUCCCUGCCCCCAGGUUUGGCAGUGAAGGAACUGAAGUGAACCUGGCCCACUGAUUUGAACUGUAUUAAAGUUUUAAAAAUU